CAGUGCCGCGUGCUGGCGUUUGCGCAGCUGCAGGCACAGAGGAGACGGCAGUGAGUGAACCCUGGCAGAGUAACAUUUUGCAGGCGAAGGGAGAGGCAGCGGCACAGGGAAGCUCCAGUCUGGGGAGAGAUACCUCACCCACUUAGCCAACUUUGCGCUCCUUCCUCUCUGCACUUGGGUCUUAAUGCAAACACAUUUUUAAGGCAGAUUUCCACUAGCAUUUAUUGCAAACUGACUGGCUUUUGCUUUGCUUCAUAACUUUGGGGGGACAAGAGGAAGAACGAGGAGGAGAAGGGGGCAGCCUUUUUGCUUCCCCUCCCUCCUCGCCAACUGAAACUCAGCUCGUCUCAUCGCUAGACAUGAAUGACAGCUGUCAGCUGAACAGGAUGGCAACUUUGGAUACUAACAACAACGCCCCAGGGGGUGUGAUCAGCUACAUCGGCUCCAGUGGGUCUUCACCGAGCUGCACCAGUCCAGUCUCUCUCUGUGGUAGUGACAGCUCCAACGGCAGCUGCCAGCUGUCCUCACAGCCCACCUUUCCCAGCUACUUUCCUCCGUCACCCACGGGAUCUCUGGUGCAAGACUCUGGACGUCUGGGGAGUGUGACUGGAAUGCGUGAUGACGCUUCCCCGUCCUCCUCCUCCUCCUCCUCCUCCUCCUCGUCCUCUUCCUCCUCUUCAUCGUACAGUUCUGGAGGGUCCCCAGCAGGGCUGCAGACGGCCUUGGAUGGCGGGAGGCGCCCCUCCCCUGCCAAAAGCACCAGCAGCAUCACAAAACUCAAUGGGAUGGUCCUCCUGUGCAAAGUUUGUGGGGAUGUCGCUUCGGGGUUCCAUUAUGGUGUCCAUGCUUGUGAAGGCUGCAAGGGCUUCUUCCGGCGCAGCAUUCAGCAAAACAUCCAGUACAAAAAGUGCCUCAAAAACGAGACCUGCAGCAUCGUCCGAAUCAACCGGAAUCGGUGCCAGCAGUGCCGCUUCAAGAAGUGUCUAGGGGUCGGCAUGUCCCGUGACGCUGUCCGCUUUGGGCGCAUCCCCAAGCGCGAGAAGCAACGGAUGUUGGCAGAGAUGCAGAGCGCUAUGAACAAUAUGGCAAACAACCAGCUGAGCGUGCAGUGCCCGCCUGAGAGCUUACCUGCGGGACAUCCCCAGCCCACCAACCCUCUGUUGUGCCACCAGCCUCAGCUGGCCCCCUGUUCCCCACCACCCCAUGCAGCCUCACCGCCCCAGGGGUCCCCUUGCUUCUCCCAGUUUUCCCAGCAGCUGACGCCCCCACGCUCCCCAAGUCCUGGUGAUCUCAUGGAGGAUGUCAUCUCACAAGUGGCCAAAGCCCAUAAGGAGAUUUUUGUUUAUGCUCAUGACAAACUGGCUACGGGGGCCCCACCACCACCCGCCGGGACCAACAACUCUCCCAGCUGGGAGGACAACUGGCUGACCAAUGGCUACCACAGCAAUGGGCUGUGCCAUCAGAAUGACAACUGGAACCCGGGCACGGGGCCCAACUACACUUGCCAGCAGAACAACAUCAAUGGACAUCGAUUUUGCCCCUCGGGCUAUUCUUCUGGGUCGACAGAUCCCUCCGUUGGACAAGGCUGCCUGCCGCAAAGUGGGCCCCGAGACAUUCUCUUGGCAUGUCCUAUGAAUUGCCACCCGCAUGGCCGCAGUGGCCGCACAGUCCAGGAAAUUUGGGAGGAUUUCUCACUGAGCUUCACUCCUGCCGUACGAGAGGUUGUAGAAUUUGCAAAGCACAUCCCUGGCUUCCAGGAGCUGUCACAGCAUGACCAGGUGUCUUUACUCAAAGCCGGCACAUUUGAGGUACUGAUGGUUCGAUUCGCCUCCCUCUUCAAUGUCAAGGAGCAGACAGUGACGUUCAUGAGCCGGACCAAGUACAGCCUUGAGGAGCUGUGGGGGAUGGGCAUGGGUGACCUGCUCACAUCCAUGUUCGAAUUCAGUGAGAAGCUUGGCUCCUUGGCACUCUCUGAGGAGGAGCUGGGCCUCUUCACAGCCGUAGUGCUGAUCUCUGCAGAUCGUUCUGGCAUUGAGAACCCAGCAUCUGUGGAACAGCUGCAGGAGACGCUCAUCCGGGCCCUGCGGGCCCUGAUCCUCAAGAACCACCCCCAGGAGACUUCCCGCUUCACCAAGCUGUUGCUUAAGCUGCCUGACCUGCGCACCCUCAACAACAUGCACUCUGAGAAACUGCUCUCCUUCCGCAUCGAUGCUCAGUAAAGCGCAGGAAGGCAUGCAGACUACUGGCCCACCCGCCCUGCCCGUCCCUGCACUGUUGCACUAACCAGACUUGUUCUCUGGGCCCGGACUCAACUAACUAUUUAUACUGGCCUAUAGCAGCUGCGGCCCCAUCCUCUCAGAGACAAGCAGCACGGCCAUCCUUGUAAAUUGAUGUAUGUAUAUGGGGAGUUGUGUGACUAGAGCGGCAUUCUUCCCUGCCGUGGCACCGGCCACACAGGAAUAAUAUAUUGAAAGCAAAAAGACUA